ACACUGAGACAUUCCCCUUUGUAUCCUGAAUGAUUACAUUCCAGACUGGCUGCAAGUCACCGACCAGUUCUGCAACAACUAGCCAAUAGGGCUUUAUUUCCUGCUUCCCAGCUGUGUUGUAUACAGAGGUUUUUUUGGACUGUGCUGCAUUAUACUCAUGCACAGGAAAACCAAGCGCAUUCGCUUCUUCAAGAACAAUAGAUGAGGGGUUAGUGUACUGUAAGAAGAGCUUUUCUGGGUGUGCUGUUGUUAUUCUUACAGAGGAAUUAUUUGGGAUUUAAAUUUAUGCAGUUUUUUUUUUUUUUUUUUUUUUUGGGGACGGAUAUCAUUUGUACGCAGCAAGACGAUGAGCGUGUCUUUCCCAGAGGAGGAUCUUACGUGCCCGGUCUGCUGUGACAUCUUCUCAGACCCUGUCCUGCUGUCAUGCAGCCACAGUUUCUGCAGGAACUGUCUCAAAACCUGCUGGGACACCGGCUUGCGAGAGUGUCCGGUUUGCAGGAAAAAGCCCUCCAAGUCCAGUCCUCCUUCUAAUCUAGCUUUGAAAAAUGUCUGCGAGACUCUUCUGGAGGUCAAGAGACUGAGCUCGGUGGAGGUGGAGGAUGACACGAGCUGCAGCCUGCACUCGGAAAAGCUGAAGCUCUUCUGUUUGGUUGACAAACAGCCCAUCUGCGUGGUGUGCCAGUCUUCCAAACUGCACAAAACCCACGAAUGUUCACCCAUAGAAGAGGCACUGCUGGAUUGCAAGGAUGAACUCGCUCUUUCUCUCAAGAGUUUGCAAGACAAACUGGACGACCUCAGUAGGAUUCACAAUACCUCUGCUAAUAUGUUCAAGUACAUCAAGAGCCAAGCGAUGCGGACACAGAAAAUGAUCAAGAGUCAGUUUGAGCAGCUCCACCAGGUCCUCUACCAGGAGGAGUCCGCCAGGCUGGAAGCUGUGAAGAAGGAAGAAGAGGAGAAAACUGCAGGAAUGAAGGAUAAGAUGAAAGAACUUGCAGCGGAGGUGCUGUCCCUGACUGAGACCAUCUCAGACAUUCAGGAGCAGCUGAAGGAGGAGGACAUGAUUUUGCUAAAGAAUUUUAAAGCCACUCAGGACAGAGCUGAAAGCAUGUGGCUGGGAUCUGACAACAUGUCCGGGCUGUUGAUCGACGUGACCAAACACCUCUGCAACCUCAAGUAUAGAGUCUGGGAGAAAAUGCUCGACCACGUCGACUACACUCCGGUGACCUUGGACCCAAACACAGCACACCCCUGCCUCAUCCUGUCAGAUGACCUCACGUCCUUCCACUACUCCAGGCAGCCCUCCUGUUGCCCCGACAACCCCGAGCGCUUCCACAUGAGCGCCGAGGUGGUGGGCAUGGCCGCCCUGGGCUCAGGAAGCCACCACUGGGCGGUGGAGACAGGAAGCAAUCUGGACUGGCUCCUGGGCGUGGCGUCCUCGUCCGUCCCGAGGAGCGUGGAGGUCCCCGCCCGGCCCGAAAAUGGCUUCUGGACUCUGUGUUUCCGCGACGGCGAGCUCAGGGCGAUGACCUCUCCGCCCACGACGCUGACAGUUUCGAGGACGCCCCAGCAGGUCAAAGUGCAGGUGGAUUACAACAAGGGGACGGUUUCUUUCUUUGACCUGGCCGACAACACACUCAUUUAUGCGUUUACACACACCUUCACUGAAACCUUACUUCCAUAUUUUUAUACGCAGAGCAGCCAUCCGCUGAAAAUCAAGCCAGAAAGAGUGCUUGUCACAAUGCUGCGGUCAUAGUUAGAUUAGGAGACGUAUCUGUAUGUUAAAGGAUGGCUUUGGUGAUUUGACCUGCAUGUUAGUUCUGCAAUAAAGGUUAUCUCUUGAAUUUUUUAAAAAAAAUAUACAGUACUUGAAAAAAAAACAAAUGUUUUUUUAAAUGUAUAGGAAGUCACUGACUUGACAAUAAAUAUUUUUUGUAACUGAUGAAA